AUGACGGAGGCUGCGGGCGGAGCUGGCCGUCUGGGCCCCGAGUCUCAGAGGGUCAUCCACUCUGGAGUGACUCCGCUUAUGCUCUCUUGUCAAAACGCGAAUGAACUCGAGGUCAAGCCCAUUCUUCAGAGGAAGGUACUUCAAACUUUCCCAAACCCUGAAGCUGUGACUGUCCGGGAUCGCACGGGGAAAACAGCGCUGCACUACUGCGCGGAAAAUCUAUCAACGGCCUGCGCGGAUCUUCUCCUCCAGUUUAACCCAGGUUUGUUGAACGUUCAAGACGAGGACGGAUACACUGCACUGCACUUCGCUGUCAUCAGCGGAAAUCGUACCAUGACCAUGUAUCUCAUUGACAAAGGUGCUGACAUCAACUGCGUUGAUAACGAACGGCACACAUGCGUCCACUGGGCCACAGUUUGCGGCGAGUUGGACCUCCUCUCGAUGCUCGUCGAUUUAGGCGCAGAUCCUUCCACGGCGGACGUCAAUGGCGCGCAUCCGUUGCAUUACGCUGCCCAAAUGUGCGCACCGAAUUCCGAAAUGGGCAACGACGUCGCCACUGCGUUGCACGUUCUCCGGAAACUCAUCGCGUUCGGCGUCAGCGUUCAUGCCGAAGAUCAGGACGGCAGACAGGCGUUGCUUUGGGCCGCGUCCGGCGAAACGUUGCCCUCGAAGACCUACUGUGCCACAGCGUCCAGCGACGCCAUUUUAGAACUUGUCAACGCCGGCGCGGACGUACACGCGGCAGAUAAAGACGGUCUGACCGCGCUCCAUUGUGCCGCGAGCCGAGGACAAGCCGAAUGCGUCGAGACAUUGUUAUCGCUGUGCGGGGCGUCCGUAGAUGUUGUCGAUCUAAACGGUUGUUCGCCGUUGUUCUAUUCAGUGAGUCUGGGACACGCAGACUGCACGGCACUCUUGUUGAAGCACGGGGCUCAACCGAACCUCCAGGAUCAUAAAGGACGAACGGCAUCCCAUUGUGGAGCUUCGAAAGGACAACUCGAAACGCUGAAAAUUCUAUUCCACAACGGAGCGAAUCUCUGGGUGCGUAACGCCAAAGGAGACAUGCCCCUCCACGACGCGGUGUAUUCAGGGAGACGCGAACUGGUCCGUUGGAUGUUGGAACAUCAAGCUUCGUCCGUCAACGCAACGAACAAAAGCGGAAAAACCGCCUUGCACAUCGCCGCGCUCUCCGACAGUAUCGAAAUGUGCAAAGUUCUCAUGGACUUCGGAGCGACCGUUAACCCUGUGAUGCGAACUAACAAGAGCGUACUGAUGACCCCUCUGGAUGCAGCUCUCUCGAAAGGCAACUCCGCAGUCGCGAAAUAUCUUGUGCUGCACGGCGCGCUCCCCUUUUCGAAAAUCACGGAUGUCCAUGAUGUUGAAAGCUGGCUCCAACACAACUUCAUCCAGUCCGACCCCGAUGAGAGCGUCGACAGAGACACCGUUGACAAACUAAGCUGCAGAACCCGUCGAACAGGUCUUAGAACGAUGGAGGAACGUGCGGCCAAAUCAAUGGAUGCUUCGUUAGCUCACACGGAUUCCGGCUACUAUGACACGUCCAAGAGCCAAGAUCCGAACGUAACCAACGUCCAGGUUCUGCUGAACUCGCCGCAAAUUCCUCGGAAAGAUCAAGUUCUCGUCUCGAAAACCGUGCAAGACGGCACCCGGAGUAUUAUUACCAACGUCUACUUGGGAAACUUGGGGCUCGCUCAUCUGGAAGGGGAAACGGAUCAAAUCUCCGUGGACCCGUCAAAGAGCCACGUGGUCAGGGACGAGAACGAAAACGUGCUCAUUGGUCAGCGGGGCUACAGCGAAAUAAUUCUCGACAAAUCUCAGGAAAUAAGUGCCAGCGAAAACCUCAAAGUCGAUCACGAGCGGAAUAUCAUCAGGAAAAUGUCUUCAGCCGAAACUUUGAACGUGGCCGACGAGAACUACAGGGUCGAAGGCGACAAUGAAGUCGACGAAGGUAGCGCAUACGAGGAGAAUUCAUUGAAAGGUCCCCCGGCCGAAAAGAUGCAGCUGGGUGGCGAUUUGGAUAAAAAUACACCACCUCGGGCGACAUCCUCGCCGAAAAGCACUCCAGCGGUCUUCACCACGCUGCUCCUCACGGGAGCGGUCUCAAUAUCUGAAGAGAUUGGAGGAGACAUCACCGAGCUUCGCGACUCGAACACAAGUCCCAUAGCUUGGAACGCACCUCGGAGUGAUCAAACGGGUGAACAGGUCGCCGUAACCGGAGACGCCGUAUCGUCACCCACAUACGCUAAAUGUGAAUCUGCGGGAGUCCAAACCCAGGGUCAGAGUCAGAAGGACGCCCAAUGCAGUCCCGUUCAGCAGAGUGUCAAAGUGGACGGAGAAGCUAUGACAGACCUAACGAUGGAAUCUAUCAAAACGCCCGACGCUAGGAGGACGCACCAGGAUGACACCGACUUGACGCGGCCGCGUAAAGUCUUCCGAAAGAUCCAUGAUCUGGAAUCGCUGGCAGCUCGACAACCGCAGAACGAAGACGUCAUCAAGACCGUCGGCGACAGCAUUCGACGGUAUCGUCUGGAACAUAAGCUGUUCAGUGAGCUGCAAGAGCUGAAACGGAACCAGAUCCGCUCGAAUCAAACGAACGAGAACGUCCUCGUGAAGCGAAUGGUCGAUCAUUUCCGGCACGAGGUCUUGGCGCCUGGAAUGAGGGACUACACCGGGUCGUACACGUUCCGCGAAUUCGAGAAAUACCUUUACGGUCAAUUGCGGGACGUGUCGGCUGCGAACGACGACUAUUCGUCGGCGCCCUCGAGUAGCGUCUCCCCCAUGGACCCGGCGUUCGGAAGGAGUCAGGCUUCCUCGAGCGGGCCGUCAUCGUUCCAAACUGUUACAUUGCCCUCCGUACAUCGGCCAGCUGUAACACCGCAAAGAUCGCCGUCGCCGCCACCGAAACAGACCGCGUUCGGGAGUUCGAGAAAAAUAAAACCAGCCGAGAAGAGAAUCCUCGAAGAAACACCGAUUUCCGCGCAAGCGGUGAGCGCCACUCAGAAAAGAAUUCUCCCUCGGAUCGGCCAGUACCAGGAUGACGCCACAUCGCGCGCUACCGCAGCCGCACCUCUGGAAUCGUCGAAGAUGGUUGCAGACAAUCGUUCGAGGAGAUCGUUGGGCCUCAAGCCUCCGAGCAAACCGACUCUGCCUCGAUAUAGAUCCUCUUCGGUCGGCAAACCGGAUGAAAUCGAUGCCGUCGAGACGAAAACUUCUCCCGAGGAAGCUGGGGACAAUAAGACGAACAUUAAGGAAGCUUCUCUCGCUGCCACAAAAACUGCCAAAGGGACUGAAUAUGAGAAACAGGGAGCUCUCCGGUCUCAAAAGAUAACACUCGGCAAGAGAACACAGCUGCAGUCGAGCAAACCUCCGUCUGCGAACGCAGCUGCGACUGCAUCGAAAGAUGGCGGUCCUGACGGCGAUCCUCGGGAAGCAAAAGCUGAAAUUGGGGCAAGAACGAAGCGUACAGAACUCCCCACUCGGAAAACCCGGAGUCUGAGCAGGAAACGUCCCGGAUCCGAGAGAGAUGUCGAAAAGGAUGAGCCAAAAUCGAAAAGCGAAGAACGCAAGCCGUUCUCAUACCUCCGGAAAAACGGGGGCAAACAAAGUUAUAGCAAAAUCGGCGAGGAGUAUAAACAACCGCCUCUCCGCAAGUCGAAAGAUUCGAGUCACGCCUCCGGCUCGAAGCCUUCUUCCGAGGCAGCGUCAUCGGCUACAGAUUCAGACGCGAACGCUCACGCAUCAGUGACCACGGCCGCGACAGUUUCCGCCAAGUCCUCGAAAUCAAGGUCUGCCAAGGCUUCAUCGAAAAUCAUUGCGGGGAGCGAUGCAGCGAAAUCGGCCAUGUUUCCAUAUGUGGUCUCCGGCGACGAGGAGAGCUCCCAGCAAUCUCCAACGAUCGGCGGAGAGGGACAAACAGAUGCAGCCGCUCAGAAGGACCCGAGAGAAUGCCCAAAAUCGCAACAAAUCGAAGCCCACAGCAGAGUGACCAGCACAGCGGCAUCGACAAGAGCCGCGGCGACGUCUUCAGAAGGGAGACCGGAAGCAGAGACGAAGCCGUGCUCGAAGCCUGCUGCUCGGAGUCAGCUCUCGAAAAAAAUGACCGACUCGCAGAAAAAAUCAUCCGCUGUGACCGGCGGCCUCCGUCAGGAGCGAGAGGAGAUCAAAGAAGUUCGCGUCGAGGAGCUCAACACGGCCAACACAACGUCCUCGACGGGGGUGGCGACCACUCCAGUCGAAUCGACCCGGGAAGAGAUUGUCACUGUCGAAUUGAAGCGCCAAGGUCUCAAGGGACGAGAAGCGCACGGGGACGAACACGACGGUCUUCGAAAUGCAAAUCUGAGGUCUCGUGAAGAUCGGAACCCCGACGAUGCGGACAUCAAGAAGAAGGAGGUCGACGAAAUCGCUACAAACCAAGAAUCCUCGAGCCGAGGCGCUCAGCCCAAAGAAGCGACCACGGCAUCCGCUCGGAAAAAAAGAGCACAAUGGAACAAGAGCGGGGAUCUUGCCGUGGUCCCGAAGGAAAGCGUCGAGGAGGCACCAGCUCCGAAUCCCGGCGAGUCAAUCCGCUCUGAGACUUCCAGAUCAUCAGCGAAAGUCGUCAGAGGAAUUCUCGGCGAGGAUAUCGAUCCGGAAGACUUGGUAACACUGGAAAUGAUACCGAAUGAUGGUGGCGGCGGUGCGACCGCAAUAAAACGGAAGGACUCGCUGGUGAGGACUAUAAAGGUUCGCGACAUAAUCGAAGCGGCCGACAAUGACGAUCUGGUAAUUCGACAAUCGGAACUCAGGGCCACAAACGUCACGAGUCCGUCGUCGGCCUCUGCAGCAUCCGAUGAGGAAAUGGUCGAGUUCGUUGUGCGACACGGGAGAGAGAAAAACAUAUUCUGGCUACCCGCCUCGAGGAUCACCCAGGACAGAAAAUGGCAGGUCACGUUCGUCGUGGCCAAAACCGGGCAGAGCGCGGAGGGUUCCGAGAAGCAGAACAAUGGAUAA